UCAGCCCCAUCACACCACGGCGCGGCACAAUACCUCCUUCAGGCUUCAGCCCUCUAUCAAUUUUCUUGACAUUCAAAACCCUCUCCCCAUUUCUCUUCUCUGCUCCAAGACUCAACCUUUAGCUCUGUCUACAAUGGCCGAUGAUACUACGGCUUCUCACAGAAGAGACCCUAUCAAAUCCUCAGUUGGGAGUGUUGCGGGACAGCGGAGGCGGCAGAAUGCAAUUACAGUGGGAAGAGAAAGAAGAGAAUCGUUGGUUCGUGCGAAGCGCUUGUGUAGAGUGGGGACUAAUGGUGACAGUGUUGAUCCUCUUGACAGUGAAAUGAUUAUCGAUGAAGAGCAGCCAAUCUUAGAGGCUCAAACAUCUGCAGCAGUGGAAGAGUUGAAGUCUGCAGCUGCACAUCAGGGGAAAGGUGCUUGGCAAAAGAGGGUGAGCGCCCUGCGAGAACUCAGGCGCUUACUGUCUAGAUCAGAAUUCCCUCCUGUUGAUGCCGCUCUUAAAGCUGGUGCAGUGCCUUUACUAGUGCAGUGCCUCUCAUUUGGCUCUCCAGAUGAGCAGUUACUUGAGGCAGCUUGGUGCCUUACAAACAUAGCAGCAGGGAAACCUGAGGAAACAAAAGCUUUGUUGCCAGCUUUACCACUACUUAUUGCUUAUCUUGGAGAAAAGAGCUCCGCGCCUGUUGCUGAGCAAUGUGCAUGGGCAAUCGGAAACGUCGCUGGUGAAGGAGAAGAGCUGAGAAAUGUUUUGCUUUCUCAGGGUGCCUUACCACCUCUUGCAAGAAUGAUGCUUCCAGACAAGGGUUCAACUGUGAGGACAGCUGCUUGGGCGCUGUCAAACCUAAUCAAGGGACCCAAUCCAAAGGCUGCAAAUGAGCUCAUUAGAGUUGAAGGAGUAUUGGAUGCAAUUAUACGGCACCUGAGAAAGGCAGAUGAUGAGUUAGCAACUGAAGUUGCAUGGGUGGUUGUGUAUCUCUCAGCCCUUUCAAAUAUUGCUACCAGUAUGCUAGUGAAGAGUGAUGUCCUUCAACUGCUUGUGGAAAGAUUCGCGACAUCCAACAGUUUACAGUUGCUUAUUCCGGUGCUAAGGAGUUUAGGUAAUCUUAUAGCCGGUGAUUCACAGACAACCCAUGCUAUUAUUGCCCCCGGGAAUGAAAUCACAGGUAACAUCAUAGAGGUCUUGGUGAAAUGUUUGAGGAGUGAACACCGGGUCCUAAAGAAGGAAGCUGCUUGGGUGCUGUCUAAUAUAGCUGCUGGUUCUAUAGAACACAAGCAAUUAAUAUACUCAAGUGAGGCAGUGCCAUUGCUGAUACGCCUUCUUUCCACAGCACCAUUUGAUAUUCGAAAAGAAGUAGCAUAUGUACUAGGCAACCUCUGUGUUUCCCCUAUUACACCAACAGAAGGUGAUGGAAAGCCAAGUCUGAUUCUGGAGCACUUGGUUUCACUUGUUGGUAGAGGAUGCCUUCCUGGUUUCAUUGAUUUGGUUAGCUCUGUUGAUACUGAAGCUGCAAGAGUAGGACUACAGUUCAUGGAACUGGUUUUGAGAGGGAUGCCAAAUGGUGAGGGGCCAAAGCUUGUUGAGAAAGAGAAUGGGAUUGAAGCGAUGGAAAGAUUCCAGUUUCAUGAAAAUGAAGACCUGAGAAUUAUGGCAAAUAGUCUAGUAGAUAAGUACUUUGGAGAGGACUAUGGGCUUGAUGACUAGUGUAAGUGGUGAUGCAUGAAGUUCCAAUGAUUUUCAUGUCUUAUCUUCCAAGAUUCUGUCCAUGGAUGAUGUAUUGUUGUAAGAAGUAAAAUUUUGGUGUGCAUGUGUUGAAGUGAUUUCUCGUUCAGACAAAA